CCCGCGUCCUGCCAAUAGGGACGCUUUUAACGACCGCCGCUGCACAUGAGACCCAGCGGAAAUAGCGCCAUCCUAUUCGUCCCUCGGCAUCGUAAGAACCAUUGCUGAGUUCGUCGCGGAGGAACACCUUAUACAUUAGGUACCUAGAUAUCUCAAGCUUUAUUAUACACACAUGGUGCCGAGAACAACGAAAAAAUCAGAGUUGCUCAACCCACUGCCGCCAUGGAAGACCGCCGCAGUAGUGAUACUGACUCGGGCAGCACUCUAUCCUUCUACAGCAUCCCCACGCAGAGUCCGCAGCCUACGGCUCGGCCGCUGAUAUGGAUGCGGCGCAGAGAUACGGAUUUUGGGAGCGAUUGCUUCUCUAAGCGAGAAUCCGUCGUUAUCCGUGACAGCAUUGCGUACCCCUCCGAAUCCAGCUUCGAAGACACGAUCAUCAAGGGCACGGCGGAGACGGUGCAGCGGAACCCUAGUAAGCCGCGGCUAAUCGACCUAGACUACAUACGGCGAAAGAUGCGCAGCGCAACGGGGCGGCGCGGGUCGCAAUGGAGUGACACUACAGACACAUCCGUAUCAUCGUUUAGCGGGUGGUUUUCAGAGAUACGUCCGCCGGAGCCGAUUUUGCUCAGUCCGAUAACGAGUCAGCGGGCCGUGACGGAGAUGUACCACGAGAGCCAGAGUGAUAUCGAGAUCCAUUCUAGAGCUCGAGCCUCUUCCCUGCAGGGACCGGAAACACCGCUCCCACCCCAAAGUGGAGAACAAGGCGAGCAAACCGGCGAGACGGUUAGAAACUCUUCCCAUGAGAGCGAGUUAUCGGCCUACUCCGCAACACAAAAUCUUCGCCAGCAAAAGCGUAGCUGCAUGCGCUCGCUCUUGUGCGCGUUGUAUUGAUUUAGGACAUGGGAGGGGGUCGACAAAGAUUGGUAACGUCGAGAACUGGUAAUGCUCUGGAGUAUAAAAUAGGCAUCUGGGGCACAUCGAAGUUAAUGGGAAGAGCGGGCGUUUAUUGGAUACUUGGUUUUUGAAAAGGUUAUUGGGAAGGCUGUGAAUG